CACAUGCCAUAGGGACUUCCGUUCACCUUCAACUCAUCCACAAAAUUUCCUUCUGUGUCGAUUAACUUGAUUUUAUGGUUUCCGUCAUCUCCCACCACAAUUCGUCCAUCUGAAAAUGGUACUGUGACCAUGAAUGCUAGACACCCUGUAGCUGUCCUGGAUGAUAUAUACUACAGACCGGUCUCCUUAGUUGAUGUGUUUGUGUGCAAUGUUGCUGAUAAGAAAAAGACCGCCAAGCUUAUCCAGUGCCUCAAAAAAGAAUUUCCAUUACCUAAUUUUUGUCAUCUAAAGCGGGUACGAGCAGUGAAAGAUUCGCCCUUACAAGUUAUCAUUUGUGAUGGGUCUUGUGACAUUGACCAGGUCACAAUGACCUUGUCUGAAUCUCAGGAUUACUCGACCUUGUCAAAGCCCUUCAAGGUCAAGGUACCAACGUCGAUGCCCUUGACCAGACAGCAGUACGAGGAAUCCAUUUUAUACUGGCCUGUUAAUUUUCAUGAAGACAAAAGCAUCACCAAGGCUUUAACGAAGCAGUUCUUCAACACAGAGGAAGUUGACAGAAUUUACUGUUAUAUGGAAGAAGCAAUAGCGAUGGCAAAAAUUGGCGUUGAAUCCAAACAGCUUCCUAUAGGUGCAGUGGUAGUGGAUCCCGUCCAGAAUGAAAUGAUCGCUAAAGGUUACGAUCUUCGACAUGGCUCUCAUCCAUUGCAGCAUGCUACCAUGGUGACCAUUGACCUUGUGGCAAGGGCACAGGGUGGAGGGAUGUGGCCUUUGGAAGGUUAUAAGUCAAUGUACUACAAAUCUCCUGACGAUAGUCUGAAGUCAACACCUGUCACAUAUCCAGUUCUCCAGUCAACACCCGUCACAUGUCCAGAUAUCAAGUCAAUACCCGUCACAUGUCCAGAUAUCCAGUCAACACCCGUCACAUGUCCAGAUAUCAAGUCAAUACCCGUCACGUGUCCAGAUAUCAAGUCACAUGUCACAUGUCCAGAUAUCAAUAAAAAGUUCAUUAAAUCUGGUCAAACAACAGGCAGUGGUCAUUGUUCUAAGACCAGUAGUGACCUCAUUGGAACAGAGACUGAUGAAGUGAAAGAGAAGACUGGACCGUACCUGUGUACCGGUUACGACAUCUAUCUGACCAGGGAGCCGUGUGUUAUGUGCGCUAUGGCCCUCGUUCAUUCCCGGAUAGGACGUGUCUUCUAUGGAAGUCCAUUUCCUCAGGAAGGAGCGCUCGGAUCAAAGUACAAGCUUCACACCCAGACAGGUCUCAACCACCACUACCAAGUCUUCUGUGAUGUGUUGGAAGCUGAGUGUGAACAUCUGUACGACGCAGCUGUAACAUAGGGCAUGGUCGUCCUUUACUACUGGGUUACACUGACAUGUUCUAUAUGGUGACCAAUCAAGCUACAGGGUGUAGAUAUUAUUGACCAAUUCAGUUACAGGAUGUGAUCAUCCUUGACCAAUUAAGUGACAGGAUGUAGACAUUCUUGACCAAUUAAGUGAUAGGAUGUAGGUAUUCUUGACCAAUCAAGUUACAGGAUGUGGACAUUCUUGUUCGGUGAAGUUACAGAAUGUGGACAUUCAUGACCUGUCAAGUUACAGGAUAAAGACAUAAUAUUUUAUUUGAUGGCUAAUUGAAGGAUGUUGACAAUCUGGACCUGUGCAGUUUAAUGAUAAGAUUAAGGGACACAUGUUUCAUCAGAAAUUACUCUGGUCGAAAGUUUCUUGGACCGGAUAUACAAAAUGUAUGUUUUAUACAAUAAAAUUUACAAAUUAGA